UGGCGCACCCGGUAGCCGCCAGCGUAACCUGCAGCACCGAGAUUGUCAAUGCCUUUUCCAACCCGUCCUUCGAGACUGGCGAUGCCACGGAUUGGACCGCCUGGACCGCCCCGGCAACGCCCGCGACCAUGGGCAAUGUCCUCUCUGGGGAGGCGUCGGACGGCAACUACUACCUGUAAGUCAUCUGCUCAUGUGGGCCUGGAGCUGGGAACGGGCAGGGUUGACCUUGAAUGAAAAGGUCCGUGGGUGCAGCAAACUCGGUAUGGAAAUACAUCCAGCAACCCGUCACCGGGCUGCAGGUGGGCAAGACCUACACCCUGUCGGUGGACUACAAAGUCACGGCUGCAAUCGCCAGUAUUCCCGCCAUUUACAACACGUGUUAUAUGGGCUGGAUGGUGGAUAGAUGGUCCAGCCUGCUGGAUCGAAUCACCGUCCCUGCGAUCCUCGGUGGUCUAGACCCAUCGUGGGAGACCUAUACCUACUCCUUCAUCCCCACCAGCUCUUCGCACACCAUGAUGUUCCUCUUUGCCUGCAGCGGCUAUACUACGUUCAACUUUGAUCUGGACAAUUUUGUCCUGCCGCUGUCGACUCAGCAGGUGUGCACCACCUCUGCGGAGGUGGUUACCCCAACCACGAGUGCGGUGGCCAUCUCGCCAUCCAGCGUUCCUCCGAGUAGUGCCGUGAGCGCCACACCAACGCCAUCAUCCGUGUCGCCUGCUUCGUCUGUGGCAGUGAUCUCCAGUACUGCUAUCCCGACUUCGUCUCCAGUAGUACCAAGCAGUCCGGCAUAUACACCCACGACCUUGUCAUCUUCUGCUCUAGUGACUCCCCAAGCGUCCGUGGCAUCAAGCUCAAGUGUGGUUGCAUCAACGCCUGCUGUCUCGUCUCAGUCAAUCAUCUCUGCCAGUCCAAGUGUCUCCAUUCCUAUUAUACGACCAUCCCAAUCCACGGCCGACUCCCUGAUCCCGCCACGCAGCUCGCCCAUACAAUCAUUGUCUUCCUUCGUCCCAUCAUCCAGCCCAGCUGCCUCCUUUGCCUCCUCCCACCCGGUGGUGACACGUUCGGCCGGCCAGUCCUCAGCACCCGGACUCACCUCAUCUCCAGUGCGGACAUUCGCUACUUCGAUUUCCCAACCGGGCAGAAUCCCGUCCAGCGCACCCAAUGUGGGGCCCUUUCAAUCCAGCAUCCCUGCAGUCACUCCUUCGAUCUCCAGCCACGAGAGCAGAACCACCAUCGGAUCUGCAUCCGCAGACACCGGCGCAUUCAUCACCUCCACGCUUCUCACCACCCGCACCGCAACCGUGACAGCCUGUCCGUCAAGCGUGGCCAACUGCCCAGCCCGCGAGCGCACCACCUCUCUCACGACCGAGACCGUGGUCAUCGGAACCACCAUCUGCCCCGCUACGAUCCCCGCCGGCCAGCCUACAGCCUCUGCCGGAGCAGGCCCCGAAGGCGAGCUCCUGACCACCUCGACCGUCUUCACCACCCGCACCUCAACCGUCACCGCCUGUCCGUCCACCGUCCCGAACUGCCCGGCCUCCGCGCACAGCACGUACGUGAUCACCGAGACUCUGGUCGAUUAUACGACGGUGUGCCCGAUCACCGCCACCCAAACCGCGGCACCCACCGCUACGGGUGCCGGGGUUGGAGGUACCGGAACGGCCGUCGUGCCUGCACCGACCGUGUCGGCGGGUGACUCGGCUGCUACCGCUGCAGCCCAUACGGUCUCGUCGGCGGUGGCGCCGGCAGUGACGCAGCCCGCGUCGGAGAUUGACGAGGUGGUCUCGACUAUCUACGUGACUGCGACUGUUACUGUGGAUUGCUUGAAUUGAGCGGGUGGUGGAGGGUCUGUCUUCUUCUUGUAACAAGUACAUUUAUCGUUAGUAUUAGGUAUGCCGAAUAUGAGGGUGUCUA